AUGACAGCAGAAGCAGACAGGAACGUCCGCCGGGUCUCGGGGCGUCUCAUCGUCUCUCUGUCGCCCCCUGCAGGGACGCUGAACCAGAGGAACUGGGGGAAGAGGUUCCCGUCCUGCAACAGCGCCCGGCAGUCUCCGGUGGACAUCGACGAGACGUUCACGCAGGUGCGGCUGCAGUACCAGGACCUGCAGCUGGACGGGUUCCAGCGGGACACGGGGGGCGGCGGCACCGUGCACAACGACGGCAGGACGGUGACCAUCGGCGUGGACGGCGACUUCUUCGUGAGCGGAGGAGGCCUGAGCUCCAGGUUCCGCGUCGGCACCAUCAGCUUCCACUGGGGGCGCUGCAACGCCUCGUCCGAGGGCUCCGAGCACAGCCUGAACGGGAUGAAGUUCCCUCUGGAGAUGCAGAUGUUCUGCUACGACCCGGACGCCGUGCGGAGCGUGGAGGAGGCGGCGAGCCACGGCGCCAAGAUGGCCGCCCUCGCCGUGCUGUUCGAGGUGAGCCUGGAGGACAACGACAACCUGAGCAGCAUCGUGGAGGCCGUCGGGUCCGUCAGCCGCUUCGGUAAGCACGGCCCGGUCGAGGCCUUCAGGCUGCGCUCGCUGCUGCCCGACAACACGCAGAAAUAUUACAUCUACAACGGUUCGCUGACGACACCGCCCUGCUCCGAGACGGUGGAGUGGCUCGUCUUCAAACACACUGUGGCCAUAUCUGAGGCCCAGCUGGAGGUCUUCUGUGAGGUCAUGACCAUGGAGCAGGCUGGUUACGUCAUGCUGACAGAUUACCUGCAGAACAACUUCAGGGAGCAGCAGCAGCAGUUCAUGGGUCAGGUGUUCGCCUCGUACACCGGCGUGGAGGAAGUCCCGGCACCCACCUGCAGCUCGGAGCCGGAGAACGUCCAGGCCGACGCCCAGAACGACACGACCAUCGUGGUGACGUGGGAGCGCCCCCGUGUGGUCUACGACACCACCAUCGACUGGUACACCGUCACCUACCAGCGGCUGCAGGGCCGCACGCCGAGACACGAGUACCGCACCGACGGCGACCAGGACGUGGGCGCCAUCAUCUCCAGCCUCCUGGCCAACAGCAGCUACGUGGUUCAGGUGGUGGCGGUUUGCACCAACGGACUCACGGGACGAUGGAGCGACCAGAUCAUCGUGGACAUGCCGCUGGAAGACCCUGAAAGUGAUUCGGAUCCGGACGCCGACUCACCCGAGGCGGAGGUCAACCAGGAGGCUUCAUCCAAGGCCGGAUGGGCAAGGAGUCAGAACCAGGUGGAUUUGGAUCCAGAGGACCAGAGUCCAGUGGAGGAGAUUCCACCAGAGCAGACCAGGGUUUACCAGAACCAUCCCACAGACCAUGAGAACCAGGCCAGAGACCAGACCCAACCAAACCAGAACCCGAUGCUUUGGUUCAGCACCGGCUCUACCCCGAAGGCUUCCUCUGAGUUUGCCGUUGUGGCAGAAACCCGCCUCGAGCAGAACACGAGGAGGAAACCGGACCACAGCGGCUCCAAACCCGAUGAUCAGAUCAGUUUGGACCAGAAUUGGAUCGAUGAGAACCAGAGGAUCCCGCCACACCGCCCGUUCACCAGCGCCGCCUCCGACGGCAACAGUGCGAUCUGGGUCACCAUGCCAUCCGAGCAGCCGGGCUUCCUGUUUCCGGUUGCCCAAACAACCGGCCUGCCAUCGAACCGCCGGCAAAUCACAGAAGAGGCCUCGCUGUCGGUGCUGCCACACCAGACGAGGGGUGACGGCUCGCCUGACGAAGCUGCUGAGAUCGACCUCCCCGCUCCGCCGUCAGACCUCCUCACGCCUCCUCUGGACGACUUCCAGGUCACGGAUGUCUUCUAUGAGGACGUGGGCAGCAAUGCUCUGCAGGAAACCUCCACCGCUGUGACCGCUGCUGCUGCACCAGGUAAAGAAAUGGAUGAAGAGUCCCUUCUGUCCACGGCCGAGGCCCCGGUGACCAAACCCCUCCUCAUGUCCGUCUCCUCCAUCCCCUGGAUCAGGGAGAGAACCGCAACUUCCAGCAACACCCUCGCUGAGGCUGCCUACAAGUCAACCACCAGCGCCUCCCUCGUCAGGCUGCUGAUGCACACCACCCAGCCGAUGUUCAGCGAUGGAGGUAACAGCAGUCAUGAGUCUCGGGUCGGGAUGGUCGGAGGUGUGGAGAGAGAGAAGAGGACGGUCGUCCCUCUGGCCGUCGUCUCGUCCCUCACCAUCCUCUGUCUGCUCGUACUGGUGGGCAUACUCAUCUACUGGAGAAACUGUUUCCAGACGGCGAAUUUCUACCCAGAGGACACCGUGUCGCCUAAAGUCAUAUCAGCUCCGUCUACGCCGCUGCUGCUCGCCACAGACGGCCACGACCCGCUGACGCUCAAGCAGUUUGUGAAGCACGUCAUGGAGCUGCACGCCACCAACACCUUCUGCAAGGAGUUCGAGAUUGUCAAAGAGUCCUACGAGGAGGUUCAGGCGUGCACGGUGGACAUGGGCAUCACCACCGACAGCUCCAACCACCCCGACAACAAGAGCAAGAACCGCUACAUCAACAUCCUGGCCUACGACCACAGCCGAGUGAAGCUGUGCCACAGCCUGGACCGGGACGGCGCCGCCGCCGACUACAUCAACGCCAACUUUGUAGACGGCUACGAGCGAACGAGGGCGUACAUCGCAGCUCAGGGUCCGCUGCGAGCCGGGCGGGAAGACUUCUGGAGGAUGAUCUGGCAGCAGAACGUCGGCGUCAUCAUCAUGAUCACCAACCUGAAGGAGAAAGGACGGACGAAGUGCGAGCAGUACUGGCCGGAGGAGAACCAGGAGGAGUACGGGCCGUACCAGGUGACCCUGAGGAGCAGCAAGACGCUCGCCUACUACACACUGAGGACGCUCACACUCAGAGACACCAGCAACAAGGCGUCCCAGAGGCGCGCUGAACGCCCCGUGCUGCAUUACCACUACACCCAGUGGCCCGACAUGGGCGUCCCAGAAUACACCCUGCCUGUCCUGUCCUUCAUCAAGACGUCCUCGCAGGCCCGGACGCAGGACAUGGGACCUGUCCUGGUGCACUGCAGUGCCGGUGUGGGCAGGACAGGGACCUACAUCGUGAUUGACAGCAUGCUGCAGCAGAUCCAGGAUCAGGGGACGGUCAAUGUUCUGGGUUUCCUAAAACACGUCCGAACUCAGAGGAACUUCCUGGUCCAGACGGAGGAGCAGUACGUCUUCAUCCACGACGUUCUGGUGGAGGCCAUCCUGAGCCGGGACACCCUGGUGACCUCUGACCUCCUGCACGCCUACGUGUCCGACCUGCUGACGCCCGCCGCCGCCGGACGGACGCGCAUGGACAAGCAGUUCAAGCUGAUCAGCCAGCGACAGGCCAAGCACGCCGACUACAGCACCGCCCUGAGAGAGGGCAACGCCGAGAGGAACCGAGCCAGAGCCCUGAUGCCGGUGGAGCGAUCCAGAGUCUGCCUGUCGUCCUCGGAGACGAACUCCUCGGGCUUCAUCAACGCCUCCUACGUCACGGGCCGGCACUACAGUAAGCAGUUCAUCGUCAGUCAGACUCCGCUCAGCAGCACGGUGGCAGAUUUCUGGAGGAUGAUCUGGGAGCACAACACACACACCGUCGUCCGGCUGGCCGACACACACAGCCAGGGUGAGGGGGAGGAGUCUUGUGUCUACUGGCCCAGUAAAGAGCAGCCAAUCAGCUUUGAGGGUUUGACGGUGUCGUACGUGGGGGAGGAGCAUGUCCAUCUGUCCAAUGACGAGAGACUUCUGGUCCAGGACUUCAAACUGGAGUUCACACAGAGCGACGGCGUGCUGGAGGUGCGUCAGUACAGCGCCCCCUGCUGGCCCAACCCGGACAGUCCCAUCAGGAACAGCUUCGAGCUGGUCGACGCCGUCCGGGAGCGCAGCCGCCACGCCGACGGCCCCACCGUGGUGCACGACCCGCUGGGCGGAGCCACGUCGGGCCUCUUCUGUGCCCUCGCCACCCUGUCCAGUCAGCUGGAGGACGAGGGAGCCGUGGACGUUUACCAGGUGGCUCGCAUGACCAACCUGAUGAGGCCCGGAGUGUUCAAUGAUGUCGAGCAGUACCAGUACCUGUACCACGCCGUGCUGAGCCUGGUGAGCAGCCAGCAGGACCAGAGGGCGCUGCAGAGCCCCGAGACCAACGGCUCCGUGCCGCUGGGACAGAACCACAUCGCCGAGAGCCUGGAGUCUCUCAUGUAGACACACACACACACACA